CCGCCUCCCUCCGUCCCGCACCCCGCGGGCGGCAGCAGGAGCUCCGGGCGCCGCCGCCCCGCCGAAGUUCCCCGCCGUGGCCGGGCCGGGGCGGCGGGAGCGGCUCUCCCUCCCCAGCGCCCCGGGGAGCGGCCCCGCCGCUGCUCCCCGCCCGCAGCCGCAGAGCCGGAGCCGCCCAGCAGGGUACUCUGGAGCUGGGGGAGAAACAAUGUCAACAGCUAGCUGGUUACUGGAGGAGCGUGCAUGUUAAACCACCUGACAUCUGUGAAAUGACUUGCCUGUUGAGGAGCUUCCACAGUCUUUUGACUGAAGCCUGCAUCCUGGCUCUGAUGCAGAUAAAGAGGAAAAUGCUAUCAGAGGAGAUGGAGAUAUCAUUUGGGUGCAGAAAUCUCAUGAAAAGAAGAACGCGAGUUGUGUAAGAAGUGCCAAAACCUCUGAUGAGUUUCCUUGGGACUUGUCAGUUUUCGUGCACCGACUCCGCUUUCUCCGUGACAUGUUUUGCCUGGAGGCAGCAGUAAGCCAUCAAAAUAUAACAGGAUAUCCUGCCACGCAAGGGCGAAGAUCUUAAGGAUCCAGAUCUCCCAAGGCUGUGGCUGGCUGAUGAAUCCUGGGGAGCCUGCCCUGGGAAUGGACAUCCACCUCCAUUUCUGGAGGAGAGUAAUGCCAAUUGAAGAAGCCUUCAAGGCGAGCCAACAAGUGUGCUGAUACUCUCGGAAAAGCAAAGGGAAGGGACGACCUUCUAGGCCAACAGCCAUGCCUUUCGGGCUGAAACUACGACGGACCAGACGCUACAAUGUCUUGAGCAAGAACUGCUUUGUGACACGGAUCCGUCUGCUGGACAACAAUGUCAUCGAGUGCACCCUCUCUGUGGAGAGCACGGGGCAGGAGUGCUUGGAAGCUGUUGCUCAGAGGCUGGAAUUACGUGAGACACACUACUUUGGCCUUUGGUUUCUCAGCAAGAGCCAGCAACCCCGCUGGGUUGAACUGGAAAAGCCUCUGAAGAAGCAGCUGGACAAGUUUGCCAAUGAGCCUUUGCUUUUCUUUGGGGUAAUGUUCUACGUGCCCAGUGUUUCCAGACUGCAGCAGGAGGUAACAAGAUACCAAUAUUACCUACAAGUGAAAAAGGAUAUUCUUGAUGGCCGAUUGCGUUCUUCAUUGGAGCAGGGAAUUCGACUAGCUGGUUUAGCAGUGCAAGCGGAUUUUGGAGACUAUAAUCAGUUUGAAUCUCAUGACUUCCUCCGAGAAUAUGUCUUGUUUCCUAUGGACUGGACCCAAGAUGAAGCUGUCUUGGAAGAGUUGACGCAAAAGGUUGCACAGGAACACCGAACUCAUAGUGGCAUUACAGCGGCAGAGGCUGAGUUAAUGUACAUCAAUGAAGUGGAACGCCUUGAUGGAUUUGGACAGGAAACUUUCCCUGUGAAGGAUAAUCAUGGAAACGACAUACACCUUGGUAUUUUCUUCAUGGGAAUCUUCAUAAAAAACAGAAUUGGAAGGACAACUGUGAUCUAUAGGUGGAAUGACAUUGGGAAUAUUGCACAUAACAAGUCUUCGAUUGUUCUAGAGUUGAUCAACAAAGAAGAGAAUGUGCUUUUUCACACAGAUGAUCUUGAAAAUGCCAAAUAUAUUUCACGGCUGUUUGCAGCAAGACAUAAGUUUUACAAACAGAACAAAAUCUGCACAGAACAAUCAAAUUCCCCUCCCCCUAUCCGACGACGACCCACUUGGAGUAGAUCGUCUUUGCCAAGGCAACAUCCAUUUAUACUGCCUCCUAUGCAUGUCCAGUGUGGAGAACACUACACUGAAACACAUAAUUCGCAAGACAGCAUUUUCCAUGGAAAUGAAGAAACUUUCUACUGUAGGUCUCAGACCAGCUUGGACAGGUGUCCGGUGGACUUCAGCUACUUGAAUGGUAAUGGACCCAAUGGGAGCGUAUGCAGUGCACACAGCAUGAACUCCCUCAAUCGCUCACAGAACUUCAUCCAGGCGUCCCCAAUGUCCUCAAAUCUGAGCAUCCCUGGAAGUGACAUCAUGAGAGCAGACUACAUCCCCAGCCACAGACAUAGUGCAAUCAUAGUGCCAUCCUACCGGCCAACUCCGGAUUAUGAAACCGUCAUGAGGCAAAUGAAGAGGGGGGUAAUCCAGAUGGAUAGCCAAAGUCAGUCUUUGAGAAAUCUCAACAUUGGAAACACACAUGCUUAUAACCAGCCAGAAGACCUAGUUUACAGUCAGCCUGAGAUUCGAGAGAGGCAUCCUUACACAGUUACUUACGGGCCCCAGGGUGGAGGCUAUAACAAGCCUGUUGCGCCGUCUGACCAAAUGACCCCUAAUAAUGCUGUGCAAAAUAAGACAGCAGCCAGUGCCAUAUCACACACAGUCAGCACGCCAGAACUGGCUAACAUGCAGCUACAGAGCAACCAGAAUUACAACACUGCUCAUAUGUUAAAGAACUAUCUCUUCAGGCCCCCGCCUCCGUACCCACGCCCACGUCCCGCCACUAGUACACCUGACCUGGCAAGCCACCGGCACAAGUAUGUCAGCGGGAGCAGUCCUGACCUGGUCACACGCAAAGUCCAGCUCUCAGUGAAGACGUUCCAAGAGGACAGCUCGCCGGUUGUCCGGCAGUCACUGCAGGAGGUCAGCGAGCCCCUCAUGGCAGUGAAACAUCAUGCAGCUGUGAACAAGCGCCAUAGCUUGGAGGUCAUCAGCAAUAUGGUACGUGGUAUAGAAGCCAUGGCACUAAAAACUUUAAACGCCCCUCUGCCACGCAGGAACACUUUGCGGGAGCAGGUGCAGCCAGAAGAGUCGGUUCAGAUGGGGCACGAAGUUCAGCAGGUUCCUCAUUACCAUCACAAAAAGACAUUCUCUGAUGCCACGAUGCUGAUACAUAGCAGCGAAAGCGAAGAGGAAGAAGAAACCACAGAGUCUGUGUCACAGAUAACAGCCCUCCAUGAGAACAUGGAGUACAGUGCUCAGCUGCAAGCUGCCUUGGCUAGAAUACCAAACAAACCUCCUCCAGAAUACCCUGGGCCUCGUAAAAGUGUCAGCAAUGGAGCCCUGAGGCAGGACCAUGUUAGCAUUUCUGUGGCCGUAGCCAGGGCCAAGGCCAUGAGGCCGGGGCCUUCCAAGGCCAUUAGUGUAUCUCGGACUGAUCAAGUGGCAAUAAAUGGGUCUUCGCUCGGGCCCUCUAUCUCAGAGCCUGACCUCACAAGUGUGAAGGAGAGGGUCAAGAAAGAACCUGUCAAAGAAAGGCCUGUGUCUGAAAUGUUUUCUAUUGAGGACAGCAUUAUAGAGAGAGAAAUCAUGAUGAGGAAUCUAGAAAAGCAGAAGAUGGCAGGCCUGGAGGCCCAGAAGAGGCCCUUGAUGUUGGCAGCACUGAACGGACUCUCAGUUGCUAGGGUUCCAGUGCCGGAGGAUAGCCAGGAUGAAGCAUCCAAGAUGCCAAUGGAUGAGAGGUGCAAGAACCUGAAGAGGAAGCUGGAAGAGGGAAUGGUGUUUACAGAAUAUGAGCAGAUUCCAAAGAAGAAGGCAGAUGGAAUCUUCACCACUGCUGCCUUGCCUGAAAACACAGAGCGCAACCGCAUCAGGGAGGUCGUUCCUUAUGAGGAGAACCGAGUAGAGCUGGUGCCGACCAAAGAAAAUAACACAGGCUACAUCAAUGCUUCACACAUAAAGGUUACUGUAGGUGGAGAAGAGUGGCACUACAUUGCUACCCAAGGACCUCUGCCACACACGUGCCAUGACUUCUGGCAGAUGGUGUGGGAACAGGGGGUGAAUGUUAUAGCCAUGGUCACAGCUGAAGAGGAGGGAGGAAGAAGUAAGAGUCAUCGUUAUUGGCCUAAACUGGGCUCUAAGCACAGCUCAGCCACUUACGGGAAGUUCAAGGUGACAACUAAGUUCCGCACAGACUCCGGCUGCUACGCGACCACUGGUCUGAAGGUCAAGCAUCUUCUCUCUGGGCAGGAGAGGACAGUGUGGCAUUUGCAGUAUACUGACUGGCCAGACCAUGGUUGUCCAGAAGAAGUCCAAGGGUUUUUAUCUUACUUGGAGGAGAUACAGUCAGUGCGUCGCCAUACCAACAGCGUGCUGGACAGCAGCAACAACUGCAACCCUCCCAUCGUGGUUCACUGCAGCGCGGGGGUAGGAAGGACCGGCGUGGUUAUCCUAACAGAACUGAUGAUUGGGUGCUUGGAGCACAAUGAAAAAGUGGACGUCCCUGUGAUGCUGAGACACCUGCGGGAGCAGAGAAUGUUUAUGAUCCAGACCAUAGCCCAGUACAAAUUUGUCUAUCAAGUGCUCAUCCAGUUCCUGCAAAACUCCAGACUUAUUUAAUCUCUUAAAACAUCCCAGGCCCAUCUUUGUGGAUCUGACUGAACCAUACCUAUGAACAAGGGGAACUGCCUUGACAACACUGUGUGCAUAUAUUGCACUUUUUAAAGUUGUCUUGAAAGUAAGGAAUGUAUGUUCUUUACUAUAGUGUCCCAUGGAUUAUUUUAUAGAAGAUAUAAUUUAUUUUUCUUAGAAUAAUUUGUGAAUUACUUUAAUAACUUGUAAAACUUAUAGUGAGCUUUGAAUUGAACUAUAUUUGACAUGACUGGUCUGCAUUGUAACAUGUCCAUAGGGAAAGCAAUCCUUCAUAAAGCUAAAAUGCUGGCUUUAAUUUUACUACAUAGUUUCUGAAAUGAACAGUUAUUUGGCAGUGGGCUUUUUCUCACAUAAGAACAUUCUGACCCAGAUAAGUGGCUAAUCAUAGAUUUAAAAAAAAAAAAAAAAAAAAAAAAAAACAGAAGAAGAAAAAAUAAUUGCUAGAUGUCAGCUACAGUUCUGUAUGAGUGGAAGCUGAGAACGCACAGUCCUGGGACAGGGAGACCUGAGCAUACGCAGCAGGGCACAUUAUAGAGGGCUCAAACACAGGCCGUUGUGAGGGCAGAGAGUUUGGGUGUUAAACUGUUCAAAUUCCAUGAGAAUUAAGUUUUUAGGUUAGUCCUUGAAAAAAGCAAUAUUGGAUCUUUUAAACAAAGCCUUUGCUAUUAUCUGCAGUCCUUGGAGGGAUUCGUAAGAGCUGAAGCAGUGUUAGAAAACUGACCCAGAGCACUGUGAGGUCAGUGAAUGAGUCUUUCCUGUGGGUUGAACAGCAGAGCAAUUUCAACUAAAUGCAGCUUAAAAAAAAUAA